AGACAAAGAGGCAAGCUGUGUGGGGAUGCAGCGUGCAAGGGAAGCGUUCCAUGUGUACCGCGUCGGUCACGCAAGAGGGUGACAUAUUUCAAGCGAAAGGACGCACACUCACGCUGCUGACCCUUCGAUGCGGAAGAAAGUGGAAUUGAAGCGUAAUUUGAAGACAGCGGCCGUGGCUGAUGUGUUCGCGGCCUCCCGUAGAUUGGUUGAUGACCAUAUGAACGUUUUCGAGGUCACAGAUUUUAACCUGCCCAAGCCGCAGACAUUGACGAGGAUCCUCAACCGUGCCCGAGAAAAGCAUCGGCCAACAGAUCCAUCAUCACUUGACUUUGAGGUGGACACAGACUUCAUCGGAGAUGGUUUUCUACGCGAUGAUGUGCGUGUAGACGGGGAACGUCACCUCAUCUUCGCCAGCGACGAUCAGCUGAGCAGACUCCAGCAGUAA